AUGGGCGUGACGAUCGAACGACGACGUUCGUCGUGCGCGACGUUCGCGUCCGAUCGGUCGGAGGGCGAGAGGGAUGACACGCUGACAAAUCUGGAUAAACUCUUGGGGGAGUUCGAGCGAACGCCGCGAGAGGAGACGAGGGAGACGCCGACGAGGGCACGGGCGGCGGACGCCGAGGCAAAGGCGGAGGGCGCGCGCGUGGCCGCGGAUUUGGCCGCGGCGCAACGAAGGAUCGCGCGAGAGAAGAUGGGUAAACCCAUGGGGAUGUUUAGUGGUGAUAAGAAGCCGAAAAAGCUGGUGAAUCCGGAGGAGGAGUACGAUUUCAGCGAGCGCGCCAUCGCGGCGCUGGUGUACAUGCUGCCGCUGCUCGAUUCGCUCAAGUAUUCAAAAUUUUUGCUCUUGCAGUUCCCGGUGUUCGGAUUAGCGCUCUUGCCCAUCAGUCCGAUUAUCGGGUUGUGGUUUAAGCUUGGAUUUUUGCAGAUCGCCGUGUUUUUCGGCACUUACCUGGGCGUCGUGCAAAACCAAAACAUGAAGCGAUUCGUACGUUUCAACGCGCAACAGGCGGUCCUACUGGACAUCAUCCUCAUCAUCCCAGAUUUACUCACGCGCACGUUCCAAGGGAUCGAUGGCUCGGGCCCCACGGGCGGAGCCGGUCUGCAGGCGGAGAUCAUCUUCUUUAACAGCGUCUUCUUGUUCACAUAUAUUUGCUGUGUCGUCGGCGCCGUGGGUUCCACCGCCGGCAAGGAAAUCAAGUUGCCGCUCAUCGGAGACGCCGCCGAGAUGCAACAGCCUCGUUAG